CUCGGAUAAUUGCAUGCAUAUUCCAGAUCAGUGGUACCAAAGUACUACAUGUACCUAAGGUAGGCUUAACCCAAAGCACCUAAAUCAGAUGGCCAAAGGUAACUACCAUUUUGCGAUCAUUCCUGCCCUCUGAUUUAUGCACUUGUUGCUUGGACCACUUAGUUUAGUAACCUAGUGAAUUGCACUUGCCUUAAGUAAUGGUGCACAGGCUGCCCCACCACAGUAACAAAUGCAGGUGCAAAGAUCACCCUGCCCCUCAGAUGAAUAUUUAAACACAUACAAUUCGGAUAAUUGCAUGCUUCAACAUUUAUCCGAACUUACCCCGCACAUCAACUUGUUGUUAAGGGAGUUGCACCAAACCGUGAUUCAUCUAACCGCCACAAUGAACCGGGUGCAGCAGGCUAAGAACAAUGGGGCUCGAGCUCGCCUAGCUCGACAAAGAGCUAACCCUGCAGCCCGUGAGGCCCGCGCGGUCCCUGCAACACCUGCAACACCUGCAGCCUCUACUAACGAGACUCCUACUUACGAGGCUCCUGGUAACGAAGCUCUUAGUGACGGUGACGAAGCCGCUUCUAGCCACUUGAUUUCUACCUCGGACAAUAACACCGGUAUCAGCGACAACAUCCCCAACAACGUCCCCGACAACGUCCCUGACAACGUUCCUGACAACGUCGAUAACGUUCCAAACAACGUUCCGCUCAACACUCCAGACAGCGUUCCCGACGAUAACGUUCCCGAACAAGCUGUUGCUGUUCCUACUCCAGAGCCUUCCAAUCAGCAGCCUGCUGAUCAGGGCUUUGUCGAUUGGCACUCUGCCAAUCAAAGUGGUGCUCCUAUUCCCAACCAAGGUUCUAAUCAAGGUCCCAGUCAAGGUCCCGUCCAAGAUCCUACUGGUCAGCUUCCUCCAGGUCAAGUUCAUACGCGGCUUCCUAUCGCGUUUUUUAACACUCACAUCUUCGAGGAUUUUUCCUACGAUCCUUCUGCGUAUGAUCCUUACAUUGUCCGCCUCGGCUUCCCAAGCGUUCCCUUGUUUAUCAACGACCUGAUCCUCGAAGGAGUUGUUCCCCUGUACCUCUUUGCCUUAGCACCUGUCUCCAAUCAGGAGCCCGAUCAGGAAUCCGAUUUCCAACUCUUUCCCGGCGACCACGAUCCCGCCGACGAAAACUCAUACAACGAGGGAUUGUUUGAAGAGGAAGAGGUGAACGAGGAGCACGGAGACGAGGCCGGAAACGAAGAGGCAGAUCAAGACAUUGACCUAAGCUAUUAUUUUGAGGAGCGCAAGCCUAAGGAGGAGGAUUCUAACGAGAAAGAUCCUAACGACGAAGAAGAGGCUUCCGACAGCGAGAAGGAAGACGACUCUGAAAAGGAUUGCGACCAGGACAAGUCUAAAUAUCAGGGCGACGACGAUCACAAAGAUCCCGACCAAGAAGGUUCUGGCUCAAAGGGCUCUGACCACAAAGACUCAGACUACCAGGCCUCUGGCAAUAAAAGUCCUGGCAAUAAAGCCUCUAGCUCUAAAGCUACCAACAACUGCCAAUCUUCCAGUGCAGUCCCCAACACAGCUUCCAAGAUGGCUUCUCAGAACCUGCUCGGCAUGGUUAUCGCGCCUAACCAGUGGCGAUACGCCCGCGCGUGCAUGGUGUGCUCUAUCAUCAUGACCCAGUCUCACUUCCGUGCAGAAGGCUGUCCCAACUGCCCUUUCCUUGACCUGAAGGGCUCGCCUGAGGCCAUCGAGGCCUGCACCUCGAGCCAGUUCGAGGGCACCGCCGCCUACUUCCAACCUCGUCGUUCCUGGAUUGCGCGCUGGCAACGCGUCGACACCUUCGUCCCCGGUACCUACGCCAUCAAGGUAAACGGUUCUCUACCGGAGGACAUUAAACAAGCGAUAGAGGACCAAGGAAACACCCACAUUCCCCGUGAUGGAAGCGCCCUCGAAAUCGACUAGACGGCGACGAAAGGCCUUUCAAAGUCGGGCGAGCAUGCCGCUAAGCCCGCGGGACAGCAGGCAAAGCAACAGCCUGUUCGGAGCCAGGGCAAGAAUGAUGCCCAGAAGACGGGACAGCAGAACCGUCAGGAAGAGGACCACCGUAUCCAGCAGCAGCAGCAUGAAGGUCACCAGGAGCAGGGCCAGCAAGCUGGAGAGAAGGUGGUGAUUAGCAUUUCUUGAUGCGCGACGCGGUUACAGGGUUGUUUUAGAUACCAGUUGUUUGUACUCCCGGAUAGGUCGAGUUAAUUCUCCCAGGCUUUUGCAUCAAGGAAAAGAAAAGGCGGACACGGAAAAUCAGCAUCGUCACUAUUUGAUAUGGAUCGCAUCUGGCUUUUUUGUGUUUUGUGCAGGCUCUACCUGUAGGCCGACGUUUACUCCAUAGGACAUAUUCCCAUGAUGACUGUCUUGGCCACUUGGCCAUCGCCAUGGGAGCUUUUGCAUUGCAUUGCAUCGCGUUGUGUUAAGUUGAAGUUGUGUUGUGUUUUUAGUUCUGCCGUGUUCUCAUGUCUUUGCUCGCUGCUAUUAGGCUAGGUUAGGUACUUCACCAGUAAUGCAUGUCUCUUUAUACAGAGAGUUGCUUCAUGUUGUUAAUUCAUAAGUCGUUUCCUUUA